UACCUUGAUGACAUCUUGGUUUAUAGUAGGACGUUGGACGAGCACAUCGUACACCUUCGCGUUGUUCUGAAUCGUCUGCGACUAGCCAAGUACAAAGCGAAUCUCGACAAGUGCGAAUUCGCCAAGCAAGAGCUUGAGUACUUGGGUCAUUUUGUCACGCCGAAAGGCAUUCGUCCCUUAGUGGACAAGAUCCAAGCCAUCGUGGAUUGGCCGGAACCCCGUUGCACGACGGAUGUACGCUCUUUCAUGGGUUUGGCUGGAUAUUAUCAGCGAUUCGUCGAAUCUUACUCGAAAGUGGCUACUCCUUUGUCGAGACUUCAGUCCCCGAAGGUGCCUUUUGAGUCCGACGACGCAGCCCGUGGCGCGUUCACUACGUUGAAGGCAGCAAUGCAAGCCGCACCUGCCCUCCGUAUAUACGACCCCACCCUACCCACCCAAGUGGCUACGGACGCUUCGGGAUACGGUAUUGGUGCGGUGUUGGAACAGUGUCACGAGGACGGUUGGCAUCCGGUUGAGUAUUUCUCCCAAAAGGUGCCUCUCGUCAACACUCUCGACGACGCUAGGAAGAAAGAGCUACUCGCGUUCGUCACCGUUCUCAAACGGUGGCGCCACUUUCUUCUCGUCCGUCGGCGUUUUAAAUGGAAUACGGACAACAAUCCGUUGACCUUUUAUAAAACGCAAGACACGGUCACUAGCACGAUCGGUCGAUGGAUGUAUUACAUCGACCAGUUUGAUUUUGACCCGUGCCACAUUCCCGGUCCCGCCAAUCGAGCUGCGGACGCCCUCUCACGACGGCCCGACUUUUGCGCCAUUGUGACCACGGCAUUCAACCUCGACGACGAUCUGCAGCCGCAUUUCGUCAAAGGCUACAAGUCCGAUCCGACUUACUCUAAGCUUUACGCGGAACUUUCAUCGGAUCACCCGCCGGCUAGCCACUAUCGGAUGUCCGACGGGUUCCUUCUCCUUCACACRAGAGGAAAGGACUUGUUAGUUGUGCCCCAGAUCGCAUCUUACGGACUCGUCUUCUCGGCGAAUUCCACGACGCACGACUUUCGGCACACCUUGGCGUGAACCGCACACUAGCACGCCUCCGCCAACGUUUUCACUGGCCCGACGUCCUUCAUGACGUCACGAGGUACAUUGAGUCAUGUGCAGUUUGCCACCGAAACAAGCGUCGAUCUCGAGUCCCCUUCGGCGAACUGAAACCGUUGCCGAUCCCUCGGGCACCACGCCUCUCCAUUGCUAUGGACGUGACAGGCCCGUUUCCCCGCGAUCGCCACGGCCAUGACGGUAUUCUCACGGUCAUUGACCGUUUGAGCAA